AUGAAUGCUAAAGAGUUUGCCGAUAAAUUUCCUAAAGCAGUCGAAUCGAUUCUUAACCACCACUACAUGGAUGACUUCCUGCAGAGCUUUGACGAUGAAACUGAAGCAGUAAAAAGGUCUCUGGAAGUUAAAUUCGUCCACUCGCAAGCCGGAUUCGACAUUCACUCCUGGUCGUCGAACUCCAAUCGUGUGCUAGAAGCCGUAGGUGAAACCGAUCCGUCCGCUGUGAAAUCCUUCGAUGUAUGCGAUCCCAACGUUUCUCGCAGUGAAAUCAAACGUGUACUUGGGAUUUUUUCGCUUCGAGAAGAAGAUGCUUUCACCUAUUCAUCUAACUUAGGACACAUUCCUCAUUGGCCGACUAAACGAGAGGUGUUUAGAAUUGUCAUGAGCCUAUAUGAUCCUCUAGGCUUACUUUCUCAUUUCGUCAUACAUGGGAAAAUUCUUGUUCAUGAUAUCUGGCGUAGUCAAAAGUCCUGGGAUGAGCCGAUUUCUGAAGACUUACAAAUCCGAUGGACGCAAUGGAUCUCUCUUUUCCCGAUGCUGAAGGAUAUUCGAAUCCCCAGGUCCUAUUUUGGUGAAUAUGCUACACAUCAGCUCCAAUCAGUCCAAUUACAUGUAUUCGUUGACGCGAGCGAGCUGGCGUACGCUUGUGCGUCUUUUAUCAGAGCGGAGGUUGAUGGAGUCAUCAAAUGCAUAUUAGUUGCAGCGAAAUCUAAAGUAGCUCCGCUGAAAACGUUAUCGAUCCCUCGACUCGAGCUACAGGCGGCAGUUAUCGGAAGCCGUCAAUCGAAAAGCGCUAUCGAAACACAUUUUUUGAAGAUUUCACGUCGAAUCCUGUGGACUGAUUCACGCACCGUGCUGGCCUGGAUUAAUUCCGACUCACGCAAGUAUAAUCAAUUUGUCUCUUGUCGUAUUGGGGAGAUUCUCGAAACAACAGAUGUAUUUGAGUGGAAAUGGGCCCCAAGUAAACUCAACGUCGCUGACGAAGCCACCAAGUGGACAACUGGACCCGACCUAUCGUCGACGAGUAGGUGGUUCAACGGCCCAUCAUUUUUGUAUGAGCCGGAAGAUCGCUGGCCAACCCAGCAAGCGGAGUGCACUGGAACAAAAGAACGACAUCGUGAAUGUUCAUCACACUACAGGUAG